UUCGCUCUUCAAGAAGGGGUCUUAAAAUGCCGAUCGAAGUACUCAAACAAACUUUAUACCAACGUUAAAAUAACUAGUGAUCUUUCGUAGAGUGAACGGUCCAUUGCUCCAUAUAGCGCUCCGACGUGCCGCUUAAAUUAGUCCUAUAGUUUAUUUUACAGUUAAAAGUGUUGUUUUUUCCGCUGUUGUUCUGGUAUCUUCGCUAAGGCUAAUGUCAGUCAGUCAGACCAACUCAUGUGUUUGAACUUCUUCAGAGAACGAGUCCACUCCCGGUGACAGCAGCAGAGCGAGCUGUGUGUUCCGCUGUUCCAACUCCUCUUCAAUCUAUCAUCAUGAGCUUGUCCAAAGAGUGAAAACGGAAAUUGGAAACGAAAGUGUUUUUUUAAUAAGUACAAACGAAGAUAUCUUCCCAACCCAAGGUGUUUUCGUGGGUGUUAGCUGAAGGAGUCAUGGAGCCUUCACCGGACCUCAGGGAACAUACGGUGAAGACAUCACACAACGACUCCCAUGUUCCAGACCACUCAGACACCAGGCCUAUGGAGAUGCAAGACCUAGCCAGUCCUCAUAACAGUGUGGUGGGCGGAGACUCAUCAGGCUCCAAGCUGACAGGUUCCUCUGUCACUACCAACGGAACUGGAGUUAAAACAGAGCCUAAUAACAUCAGUGAGACAGCCAGGACAACAGGAGACACAACACUGGACAGCUACGCAGGAUCAGUCAUUACCAGCAGUGGAUACAGCCCUCCAUCUGCACACCAGUACUCCCCACCCAUCUACCCCUCCAAGCCUUACCCCCACAUCCUGUCCACACCGGCAGCCCCGCCCAUGCCAGCGUACGCCGGCCAAUCCCAGUUCACUAGUAUGCAGCCGUCGACCGUCUACACCGCAUACUCCCAGACUGGCCAGGCCUACGGACUGUCUACCUACGACCUGGGUGUGAUGCUGCCAGGUAUGAAGACAGAGGGGGGUCUCUCCCAAACCCCCUUACAGACCAGCCUCAACUACACGCCACAGCCUGGACAGACAGCCUACUCACCAUAUCAGAUGCCAGGGUCCAGUUUCACGUCAUCAUCUGGUCUGUACUCCAGUAACAACUCUGUGUCCAACCCAGCCAACUACACUGCUCCACAGCAGGACUAUCCAUCGUACACAACGUUUGGCCAAAACCAGUACGCCCAGUAUUACUCCGCCUCCACCUACGGAACCUACAUGACGUCCAAUAGCAUGGAUGGAACCGGCUCCUCAUCGGCCUAUCAGCUGCAAGACUCCAACCCCGUCAUGACAGUACAGACCAAUGAGCUUCACCCAGGGGACGCGGUGCAGAGCCCCAUGAAGGAACUGGAUGACCGUGGCUGUCGGAGUGGGGGAGGAGCUAAAGCCAGGGGGAGGGGCCGCAAGAACAACCCCUCACCGCCCCCCGACAGUGACCUGGAGAGGGUGUUUGUCUGGGAUCUGGAUGAGACCAUCAUAGUGUUCCACUCUCUGCUGACAGGCUCCUACGCACAGAAAUAUGGCAAGGACCCUCCCAUGGCGGUGACACUGGGACUGAGGAUGGAAGAGAUGAUCUUUAACCUGGCAGACACACACCUGUUCUUCAACGACUUAGAGGAGUGUGAUCAGGUCCAUAUUGAUGAUGUGUCAUCGGAUGACAACGGACAGGACCUGAGUACUUACAGUUUUGCAACUGAUGGCUUCCAUGCAGCGGCGACCAGCGCGAGCCUGUGCCUGGCGACGGGCGUCCGCGGAGGGGUGGACUGGAUGAGGAAACUAGCCUUCCGCUACAGAAGAGUCAAAGAGAUGUAUAGCACAUACAAAAACAAUGUGGGGGGCCUGUUGGGCCCUGCUAAGAGGGAUGCGUGGUUACAACUGAGAGCUGAAGUAGAGGCUUUAACAGACUCCUGGCUCACCAACGCACUCAAGUCCCUGUCAAUCAUCAGCUCCAGGAGUAACUGUGUAAAUGUGUUGGUAACAACAACCCAGCUGAUACCAGCAGUGGCUAAAGUUCUGUUGUAUAGUUUAGGAUCUGCCUUCCCUAUUGAGAACAUAUACAGUGCAACCAAAAUAGGCAAAGAGAGCUGUUUUGAGAGAAUAGUCUCCCGCUUCGGCACUAACAUUACCUAUGUUGUGGUUGGCGACGGGCGGGACGAGGAGCAUGCGGCCAGCCAGCACAACAUGCCAUUCUGGAGGAUAUCCAGUCACUCUGACCUGCUGGCGUUACACCAAGCACUGGAGUUUGAAUACCUGUAACUGUUACCGUAGCAAUAGAAUGUUACUGUAACUGUUACCGUAGUAACGGACUGUUACUGCAACUGUUACUAGAGCACGGAAUGUUACUGUAACUGUUACUAUAGCAACAGACUGUAAUUGUAGCAACGGACUGUUUCUGUAACUGUUCUGUAACUAUAGCAACAGACGGAACACACCAGUACUACUACUACUGCUACCACCUGUAAUGGUUACCAUGGCGAUGGCAACGGGAGACAGACUUUAGUUCCCUCCCCCCGGCCUUCUUGUUUUUGUAUAUCUAUUUAAGAAAACAACCACAGUACACUGCAACUUUCUUGUUUUGUCUUCAUUUCUUUGUGUCUUUAAAAACAAUACAUCUGGAUUUGAGUUCUCUGAACUGUCUUAAGUCAACUAGGACUGAGAGAGGAGAGGAGAGGAGAGGAGA